AUGUUUAUUGAUCAAAAAUUACCUGGUCAAAAUUUCAACCUUCGCCUAAUUGGUUCAGCAAAAAAAGGUCGCGUAAAGCGUAUUCUUCAAUUCUCUCUAGAUAAUGACUGGAAUGAACUCGAUCACGUUAGGGUUCAACCACCUCCUAGUUUGGGACUUGAAGUAAGACCUCGGAUGCUUAGUGAAGAAAAAAAUAAUAAUACACUAAGAAUAAUCGUAGGUCAGGAUGUAUUGCAAAAAUAUGCGAAACUUGUUUUGCAAAAACAUUCUAACUAUCUUAGGGAUUGGACUAUCGAAGAAAAGGAAGAGACAAAGGAAAACUUCGUAUAUUUCAACCGAAAAGGUCCACUAGAAUGCCCACUAUGUAAACGUAUGCAUGACAAGGAUCAGCGGUGGUUUGGUCGUGUAUAUGCCAGCAGUGGAACAUUCAUUGUAAAAUGCUUUCGACAAGAUAGUGAUGAACCUGGAGAAGUUUUUGAAUUCGACUCAUCUACCGCAGAAAAAAUUAGACAAGAAAAUAAAAAUUCUCCACAAUCAUCUCACAAGGUAAAAGCCCCCAAUUUUCCUAAAGCCUUCUUAAAAUUCCCAUCUUGGGUCAAGUAUAAUGAACCCCUUACAGCGACAGAAACAUAUAAGGAGAAAUAUGUAAGACCAUUACCCAAUGAAGGUGAUAUUUAUAUAGGGUCGCCUUGGGAAACUGGAAAAACAUACAUUCUCGAACAUCUUACUAUAUCUGACGUUGUGAAUUUGUUAGCAUUAUCUACGCGUCACUCUUAUUCCAAUGCUGUUACCACAAGACUCAAUCUCAAAUCAUAUUGUGAUAUUGAUG